AUACUGGAAUGCGUGUGCGACAAUAUUUCAUGUCCUGUCGACUCUAUUGAAAGUCAUGGCAGGUCCCGAUCUAAUAAAAACUCUACUGUAUACUGUAAAUAAUCUACUACAGCAGGAGAAGUAUAAAGCGGCACUGGCAGUAUUGAAGGGAUUCAGAAAUGGCGCGGUAUAUGGGGCAAAAAUCAGAGCACCACAUGCCCUUGUCAUGACAUUUCUAUUCAGAAGUGGCAGUUUGAAGGACAAGCUCAAAGCCAUUUUGAAGGCUACAUACACCCACUCCCGCAACCUGGCUUACUUUGUGUUCACGUACAAAGGGCUGCAAGCCUUGCAGGAGAAGGUCCAGGGAAAGACUUUGCAGUCUCACUCCUUUCUGGCAGCCUGUAUCGGAGGAUGGUUGGUUUUUGGAGACAACAACAACAUCAAUAGUCAGAUCAACAUGUACCUGCUGUCUCGAAUCCUGUUCGCCUUGUCUCGCCUGGCUGUAGAGAAAGGUCUCAUCCCCCAGCCUAAACACGACCCUUUCCCACUCUUUGCCACGUUGGUGUGGGGCAUCGUCUUGUGGCUGUUUGAAUAUUACCCACACACACUCCAGCCGUCUCUGCAGUCCUCAAUGAACUACCUCUACCAUGACAGCAAUGUGUGGCACGACAUCUCGGACUUCCUUGUUUAUAAUAAGCCAAGAACUGCCGCUCAGAAAUGAAGCUUUUGUUCUUUUCUGUAUGGACCAGCUCUCCACAACACAAUAAUGCAUCAUUUUUAAUUAUUCCAAUAUUGAUUGUUGCCUUUUGUAAUUAUUGCCACUAGAAUGAAGUUUCAAAUGUAUUUGUUAAAUGUUUAAUAUAUUGUUUGUUCAGGAGCACACGACUAAGUGGUCUGAGCUUACAGCUGUAAAAAGCAGUGUCUGUGUCUAGUAUGAUUCCUGUUGAUCUUUGAGUGAUUGUGACAUUGUCUGAUUUAAAUUCCAGGAGUAUGUUACCAUAAGCAACUAACAGAAAAAAUAACAAUGUAUCCACAUUAAGCCCAAAUGCUGUUUCCUCUUGUGAACCUGCUGUUACAGAGACACAAAGAUAUCAAUAUCAGCACCAUCAUUGUCAACUGGUUAAAAACAUUUGCAACUUCCUAUAGGCUCCUUGUAUGUAAUUUAAAAUGAAUUAAAACUUUAACGACUGUUUAGAAUAA